CGAAAACCCGGGUAUUGGGAUUGGGUUUCGAUUUCGGUACUCAGCGGAUCGUGUUACGCUGAUUAUCUGACGCAUUUUGUUUUUUUGUCUGUGCCGUCUCAUACACAACCAGGACAGAAGUGGAGUGGCAAACAACGUUAAGGAUACUCGAAUUCUUUGCAAAACUUUCGAAACGGUAUGAUUCACAUCAUUGCAACCACGACAUUGCAAUCGGGAUAAAGUGAAUUGCCGGGCCGUCUAGCCCAAUCGGCAGGAUGCAGUGUAUCGCUAUUCAAGUAUAAAUCAACAAUAAAUGUCCCCUUGUACCCCUAACCACGGCAGGCAAUGGAGUCCACACCCGCAGAUGAAUUACUUGAUCGGAUCCGACCUUCGUACAUCGUUCGGUUUAGCAUGAAAAGAAAUGGAACGAAUUGGUUGUGUAUGCACUUUGGUGCAUAUCCUCAAUACCACACCGGUGGGCCAUACAUUGCACCUGGUCUCACGUACCAUAAUGCCAACAAUUGGUUGAGUGUUCAUAAGUGCCAAUAGUUUGUGUGCGCUGUUUGUCGGGAAAUAACUUUUGUUUGCUUUCCAUUUGCUUCAUUAACCUGGUCCGGAUUUGAUGGAAAAGUCAACGGUGAAGAGCGUGAGGGCGCUCGGAAUGUGAUGGUAUGCCGUUUUAAUUAAACAACACAAUGGAACCAUUCAUAGCAGCAAAACAACUCGCAUCACUUGCGAAACGUUCUACGAAGAAGAAAAAAGAAAGAUUUUUGUAAUAUCGCACAAACUCAAAUCGGUAGGAGAAAAAAAGUUCAUUCAAAUAGAGUAAAAACCAAAAACUACUGUUCAAGUGCUGUGAAAAAUAAAACCGGAAAAACAAAUACCACAUCCACACACGUUCGCUGCAUUAAAUUCUGCGUUCCAACACCUUGGACAACCCGGAAGGUGUUACCGCAUGAAUAAUGCUAAUGAAAGUGCGCCUUCCCUGCACGAUGUCAUACCUUACACCGGAGAAACCAUCGAAAAGUCAGUGAAGCGUGCUCUAAUUUCCUUUCUCUGAAACCACAUAAGCCAAUUUCUUAUGCUGCAGGAUCAGAAGUGAAUUAUGUUUGCUUAUUAGUAAGGUUUUUCUUAACUUCCUUUUUCGUGAUGAUAUCAACGGCAAGCCUUAUUUCCAUGUGGUUUGUUUUGAAAAGGGGGUUUUCUUUCUUCUUUCAUGGUUGAAAGAAGGUUAGAACCAUGUGAACAUAAUGGUUAAUUGUCAUGGUUUAGUAAAGAAAUGGCAGGAGUUCUCCGGGAACUUAUAUUUCCUGGCAUUUUUAGAAGAUAUUGAGAAGAAUUAAGAAUGGUGUUAGUCGAACUUUCAGUGUGGCCUUUCAUAAUUCUGCUUUCGUAUUUCCUUUAAAGCUCGGUAUAGAACAUAUGUCAUGAAGUAAGCUGUCGUCAGAGUAUGUUUUGCUGCUCAAAUACUUACAACGGCAACGGCCCCGGUGGUUAAGCUGCUUUGACAAAGGAUAACUAAGCAAACGAAGUUUCUAAAGAGUUUUGUUUUCUCUUGGUGUGUGAAAUUGGUUUCUCUAUGUGCGCGCGUCUCACUUAAGUUACCAUAAUAAAGUGUUCGUUGCAUCAGUACGAAGAUUUAGUAGGAAAUUAAAUGAAUCGUAAUAGUUGAAAUGCACAGAAAGCUACAAAAAUAAAAAGUGUAAACAGUGCAAAAAAAAAAAGAAAACAGUGUCCAAAAUCCAUUCCAUCACUCGUGUGCCGGUAGUGACAAAGAAUCAUAAAAAAGAGAGAGAGAGAGCGAAAAAUAUUUUAAUCACAGUGUGUGCAGCAUUUUACCGGCAAUUAUUUAUCGAUUCGCGGUGCGUAGCAACCAACAACAACAACAAGCUGCAAUAGUCGUCACCGGCGCCACCAUCUUCUUCAACCUUCAAAGCUGCGUUGACAGCAGCAAAUUGUGUUGCUUGGUGUAGUACGUGCGUGUGUGGAAAUGAAAAUGCAACAAGCAUAGAGAACAGAGAGAGAUUUUGUUUUGUUGCUGCUGGUGAAACGUUGCCGAGAAAAACCAUCGCAAUUCAGCGAAAGAAAUGAGCAGCAUCAUAGGAUAGCAAGCAAACGGGCCGGAUUCGACAUCAAUACGACGAACCGAAGCGCGUACUACGGGCCUCAGAUACAUCCGGACUAGGGAGUGAAGCAGUGAAGAAGCAAAAUUUAUGAUUGCAAAUACAACAAUAACGCCCAUCGUCUCGUCCGGCCAGCUAGAUAGCUCGCCGCUAGUGUUACCUUUCCGCGUGUAAAGUGUUGCAUAUGUGCGUUGCCCAAGUGUAAGUUUUGUGGCGGUUGUAAUUCAUACCAGAUUUUCCACAUGGGGCAACAGUGUUGUGCAAAUGGUGAAAAGCGACAACGUGAGUGAAAGGCGCUUCAAUACCUCCGGCCCGGGUGUAUAAGGGCUUGCGUAUUUCAAUGUCGCACGUGUGGUGGUAGAAAGUGGUUGGGUUUUUUGUGUGUGUGCUUGUGCAUUUGUGUGGUAUUGUGUGUGUGAAAAAAGGGGGGUGAAUGUGGAAGGAAGGGAAUCGGGAAAGGAAGAAGCUGUAGUUGGGUGAGGGAGGAGGAGGAGGAGGAGUAGAAGUGCAAGCGGGGGGUUAGGCAUCUCCACCACGUUUCACCGGCAGUAGUGGCGUUACAUGUGGGAAAUGUUGGAUCCCGACCUAGAGUGUGGCAAUGAGUGUGGGGGACCGGGACCUCCCCCGGAGUUUCUCGUGCCACCGCCACCCCGGCCACCGUUUCUGGCGGAGGUGGUCAACUGUAACGAGGAGCAGCUGCAGCAGACACCGUUUGGUGGAGGCGCCACCGGCUCCUUUGCCGAUGUCGACAUGUGUGAGGCGUUCCCGAUCAUUGACGCCAGCUACCAUAGUGGGCCAUCAUUCCAAACCUCCGCCAUGAUAGUGCUGUGUUCGGGACUUUUGUUGUUAGUCAUCUUUAUUUCAUCGUUACUAGUGUGGAAACACAAACGAAAAGUUCAAAACUUCCUGCCAUGCAAGACGCCUACCCGUGGCCCACCCCAUCUGGACGCGACAGGUGUAUCGGCGGCCCAUUCCGUAACGUACGAGGAUCCGGACGUACACUUAGGCCAUCAUCCGUUGGUGAUGCGGCAUCAUCAUCAUCAUCACCAUCACCACAAUAUGGAGCUGCACGCGAAACAGAUCCAUUAUCCUAGCGGAUACCCGAUGCCACGGUCACCGCCAUUGUUUAUCUGCUCGUCACCCGGUCCCGAUCCGUACCGAUCGCAUGACAACGUGUACGAGGAGCUAGAGCACGGUCCGGGACGGGACACGGACUCGGAACCACCGAUCCAAUCGGACGAUGACUUUGCCGAGGAUGAGCUUAGUUUGCCGGGUGACCGUUCCUUCCACAAGUCACCAUCGGACGGUGGUACAACGGUCGCCACGAUCUAUCACGAUCGUAGCAAUGGGGGCAGUAGCAACAGUGCCGGUACGACAGCAUCCGCCUCUACCGUGCCGGUCACGGAUGGGCUGGUGGCUGGUCCUCCAGGGGCCGCAUACCUAGAGCGAAACCGUACCGAACGCAACUCGCUCCUAUCGUCCUCAUCCUCAUCCGGCAAUGACAAUAACCAUCCGCUACACCACAACGGUCAUCGGGUCGCAACAGCUGGCGGAAAUGGAACGGCAACGACUGCUGGUGGUGUAAACAGCAACAGUGCCGGAGCUGCAUGUGGUGGUGGCGGCAUCGGAAGUAGCAAUAGCCAGAGUAACAACAAUAAUGGUAGUAACAGCAGUGGUAGUAGCAGUGCCAGCAAUAGCAACCGCAACUCCAAUUCUAGCACGGAUUGUGGGAAUAAUAACAAUAACAACAAUAACACCCAUCCUGGCAGUGUGGCCAAUGGUACGAACUGUAAUGGCAACAGUGUAGUACCGUCGUCGGGUGCAUUAGGAUUGUUCCGUACGCGCAAACACCAUCCUGCGACGUUGGGUGGAUCCGGUCGAAGGGCAGGCGGCGUUGCUGGUGUUGGACAUCCUUUUGCGGGUGGUGUGACGAACACAUGCACGAGUUCGCUGGACGGUGGACCGCUGGGUGGAAAUCCGGUUGUACUGCCACCGAUGUACGACGAUCGGGGUAUGAUGACGUUACCACCGCCGGCCUACAACCAUACCCUGUCGACGAGUCAUCACCAUCAUCAUCCACACCACGGCCAUCAUAGUCAUCACCUGAACAGCGUUAAUAAUAAUUCCACCACCGGCGGUCGCUCGAACUACUACAGCACGAUCGACGAUGCGGGCGAGCUGUUGGAUCCGGUGGAACGGCGGAAUCGCAUCAACGCGCAACUGUCCGCUUCGGCCUCCGGACCCAUCGGUACCGUGUCGACCAUCUUCCGCAAUGGACACCGUGGACCGGUGCCACCCAGUUACGGUGUGCCACCGAGCGGUGGUGGACGCUCACGAACGAAUCCGCGUGCAUCGGACCGGCGAACCGGUGGACGGAACGGGAAUGGUAGUAGCCAGCUAGCCGUCAUAUCGACACCGCAGGAUCCGUCGCAGUAUAUCUAUCACGAGCCCGUCUUCCACGAGGGCCUCAUCUACGAUGGGUGCCUAUCGCACACGUACAGCGAUCGGAGUGGUGGUAGCGGUAGUACCGGUACGGGCAGUACGGGCGGUGUCGCUUACCAUCCCUACAUCCUGCCGCAGUUCACCACCUUCCGGAAUGGUAGCGUACCGGGCAUUGUCGGUGGUGGUGGACCCGGCGUUGGUGGUGGUGUAGGUGUACCACCGUCGUCACACCCGGCCGGUCAUUCGAUAUACUCGCGCGAUUCCAGCUUCGGGUCCGAUUCGGGUUACAGUCAGCAUACGCAAACGUCGAACAGAAGUGUGGCCGGUUGGAGUCAACGCCGUCCAACCGGACAGUCUACCACCUCGAGCAAUGGUUCCGGUACUGGCGGUAGUGUAGCAACGGUACCCCAGAAAGCGCCAAACUCUACCGAACAGCAGCCUUCAUCAGUGCCACCAACGAUGGUGGAUUCUUGAGAGAAAGCAACGGUCUGCACUAGAGCUGCCGGACCCUUCAUAUCCAGUAUUGUAUACGGCAAGCUUCUACUAUGAUCUGUCCCGCACAAGUCAAACUUGUCAUGCAGAUCGUCAAACGGUCGUCGCGUACACACAGAGCAAGAUGAGCCUGUUGUUGUUGUUGUGGGUCUUUGAUAUUAGGCAGAUAGUAGCGAAACACAACUAGAGCAAAGGAGGCAACCUUUUGCAGUAAUGAGCUGAGAAGAGAGUUAGCAGAGUUAGACGAAGAAGAAAAAAAAAACAAGAAAACCAAGAAUGUGAUUUUAAUUUUAGUGUCAAUCUCUUACCGCCCCCAGAACAUCAUCGGUUGUGUUCGGGUGUUGAUAGUAGCUACUCGUCCGUUUUUUUAAUUUUCUUUUAUGCUUAAUUUGUGUGUACAGUUUUUGUCCAAGAUACCAAUGCCGGAACCUGGAUGGGCAGCAGCAUAAAAGAGAAAGAGACUGUUCCCACACAAACUAGUAGUAUCCGUGUUGUAAACAAACAAUAAUUUCUAAAGAAAAAAAAAAGAAAAGUAUUUAGAAUUCGCCAUUGCGCGCCCCAUCUUGGCGUGUUUACAGGAACAAAAACGGUUGUAAAAUGGCUGCAUGUUCGCCUGUCUUGGUUCCCAUAUGGGGCAGUCUCGAGUAGUAGUAAUAGUAGUAGGAAGCAACAACACACACAACCCCCGUGUACAGUGUAGUAGGGUAGUAUAGGCGGAAGGUCGAUAGUGUGCGUGUUUUUGUGGGUAGGUACUUACCAGGCAGUCGGUUCGAGAGCUUUCCUUAUACAUAAUCGUAUCGUAUAGAAGAGAACAUGAACACUCACACAAACAAAAUACUACAGAAAACCAUGAGCACAGUCCACGUAUCCUAAAUGGUGACAGAGAAGGUUCCGUUUCUAAUUAGAGGAGCAUACUGGUGAAGAGGGUAAUGGCAAUUGUAUAUAGAUUCUCUUCUCGCUCGCUUUUACCCGAACCACAUCAUUCCUUCCUGAACGCUGGUAAACAGAAAACUUUCCUAGCAAAAAAAAAAACAGUUCCCCGUUAGGUUUUGGGCUUUUUAUUCGGUUUGAACCAUUUUUUGAUCAAGCACGAUCAACAUAACGAUCUGUCCAUCCAUGAAACCCUGCUCAGCAGCACCUUGUGAGGUGUGUGGUUAAGCAGGACGAAAGGAUGUUCGGUGAGUUUACUCUUGUGGUUGUAAUUUGUGCGUAAUUUGUAAGGCAGCGUGAAGUCGCGUAAACGAUAUCCUUCCGCGUUCGGUUGGAAAGCGUUUUCUCUCUUACUGUUUUACUUUUUUCUGUGGUUAGUUUUUCUUUCUCGUUCUUUAUGUCUUGUUGUUUCGAUGUUUUAAUUACACGGUUGUUGUUUUUCUUCUCCACUUUUGUUGUGAUACAUUAUGCUAUAUGUGUUCAUUUAUGGAAAACUUUUUGCAUUUCUAUGGUUAGAUUAAAUCAUUCAUUUUUAUUUUUUUCCGUCUUUAGUUACUGCUAGAUGCUUAAUAUGGUUUGUAAGUUAAAACAAGCCUGGUAACAAAUUUCUACUUUUUCUCGCUUCAAUCUAUAAAUUCAUCUAUUUAUGUUUAUGUUUAAAUAUUAUGUUUAAAAACAGAAAACGGUAAAAUGGUGAGAAUUGAGAAAACGUCAAAGAACGAUCGUGUAAUUGUAAAAUGGCGCCGACAUUAUGAAAAUGAUAGAUUAAAGCCUGUAAAUACUCUGUACAGCAAUAGAACUUAAUGAAAUUAAACAAAAGUCACUGGAUUCGAACCUAAUAAAAACAGAAGCUGCAGAUAUGAACAAACUAGCAAAACUCUUGUAACAUUGAUGGUUCAUAUUUUUUUUUCGAUUUGAAUUAUCUGUUUUAAUGUGUUUCCUUCCACUUUCAAUUUUCGUUUUGAUUGCUAUUAUGGUAAUCGUUUGGUUUUAUGGUACUUAAUUUUCUUAUCUUAUUCUUAUCUGUAUGGUCUCUGCUAUUUGCAGUUGAUUCUAGCGCAGUUUACUAAAGGCAAUAAAAAGUUAGUUUUUUCCUUUUCUUUUCAACCCGUUUGGUUCUCUCCACUAACAACUCUCUGUACCUGUAUUCGUCACUUCCUUACUGCCAGUGAAAGCUGACACGAAAGUAGACAAAGCAAACGUGCGAAAGCAACUAAGAAAACCAUUUUUCCUUUUCUUUUUAGUAGUGUUUCAACCAUAUGUAGCGUGGUGAAUUGUGUGUGUGUAUCAGAAACAAGGAUAGAAAAAAAUAUUAAAAUCGUAACACAAAAAACAAUUCGGCAAAGUCAAGAAACUCGUCAACUUACAGCAGAACUGCAAAUAGUAGAAGCAAAACACACAGGGAUGUAAAUGAAAACUAAGAUGCAAAGUUAAUAAUUCUCAAUGGAUGAAAAAAAAAACAACAAAGAAAUACACAAGAGCAAGCAAAGAUUACCAUAUCAUUUUAGACUGUAGUACGUAUUAAAACGGAAGAAACGAAAUGAGCGCCAGAAGUGAAACAAGUGACGGAUCCACUCGACAAAAAGCGUGCAGCACAUGUAUUUUGUAACGUUCGAAAGCAAUUUUAAACCAAAUGAAAAAGAAAGGAAAUAAAAACAAAGGAUACAGGGGUACCAACUAUAUACACACACCCACACCGAAAGGUGGCGGUUUGUGUGUAGAGCAGUAAAAUUAUAUCAACCAAAUGAGUGAUAUGGUGCCCAGGAAAAUGGAAAGGAACUGAUUCGCGAGAGGGAACACACACACUAAUAAACCGUGAUGCAGGUGUUUGUGUGAGUGGGAGUUAGUUUACUAUUGAGAAGAAAUUGAAAAGUAUGGUGAAAAAGUGAAAGUAAGAUUCGAUUUUGUAUAUAUUUAAAACAAAUGACUCAGAAAUCAAGAGAGAAAA